AUGCCGGUCACUCGCUCAAGAACUGGAUUUUACGACACGAAUCUUGAUCAAACAAACACAACGCGCUUUUUGUUUGGUGACGACGAGCCACACCACCUGACUUCCGGCUACACUGCUGACGAGAGCUUCCCCACGCUUGUUCGCCGUGACGACCAAAUUCACAGCAUGUCUGCCAUUAAUGGGCACUCCAUUGGCCAGACGGGCGAUGCAGGCAACAUUGGAAGCCGCCCUGCAUCUUUCCGGCACUCUCUUGAUCUCAAGUACAUCUCGGAGAAUUCAAAUGAGACUGCUGGUGCUUCUCAGGCGGUCCACCCACCUCCCAAGUUGCAUAGCUCUUAUUCUGCCAACGACAUCCCUACUGUCAAGAACCCUGCAGGUACCUCUAUGAUAAACGGUGGUGCAAAUAACCACGCUCAGCAGCACUUCCAUAAUCAUAAUGCUAGCAUCGGUCGCAUUCCGGCUGGAGCAGUACCAGUUCGACAUGCUCGUGAGUUGUCUAACGAUAACAAUAUCAGUGCUAGUCGAGAGCAAGCUGGCGUCUUCCCAUCGAUUAACUCAGCCCUUCAAGCUAACGCUGCCCCGUUUGGACCGACCAUGGCAUCUGCGGCUCCUCACCCCGCAACCCCUCAUGCUGCCGCAUCUGCGGCUUCUCCUGGCAGUGCAGCGUCAACGAGUUCGUACAGCACUAACUUCUAUCCAACAAAUGGCUUUCCAACCCCAAGCUCCACUUCGAGCCCUUCAUACGGCGCUCAUUCACUCUCUGCUGGAAUGCAGCAGCUGAACAUUAAUGGGGCCAAUGGCGGCGGCGCAUACACAUCUCAGAAUUAUCCUCCUUUUGGUAACGUAUCCUACAGCCAGGGCAACCAACAUCGUGACAGCCAGGCUCGUGUUAUCCAGCAUCGUCGACAACUAGAUAACGAAACAAUGUCUCGAUAUCAAAAUAUGCCACUGGAUUCAUUUCGAGGCCAAAUUUAUGAGCUAUGCAAAGAUCAGCACGGCUGUCGCUAUCUCCAAAAGAAGCUGGAAGAACGCAAUAGCGAUCAGGUUCACAUGAUUUGGCUCGAGACCAAUAAGCAUGUCAUAGAGCUCAUGACGGAUCCGUUUGGUAAUUAUUUGUGCCAAAAGCUCCUCGAGUUCUGCAAUGACGACGAAAGAACUGUCCUUAUCCAGAACGCCUCCCAAGAUAUGGUGCGCAUCGCUCUUAACCAGCACGGAACGAGAGCCCUACAGAAGAUGAUUGAGUACGUCGGUACUCCUCAACAAAUCCAUCUCAUUAUCGAGGCUCUCCGUUUCCGAGUCGUAGAACUCAUCCAGGAUCUGAACGGCAACCACGUCAUCCAGAAGUGUCUUAACAAGCUCACUGCUACUGACGCCCAGUUCAUUUUCGAUGCUGUCGGCAACAACUGUAUCGAAGUUGGUACCCACAGGCACGGCUGCUGCGUGCUUCAGCGCUGCAUCGACCACGCAACGGGUGAGCAGAAGCUCUGGCUGAUCCAGCGCAUCACUGAGCAUGCGCGCAUAUUGGUUCAGGAUCCAUUUGGGAACUACGUUGUCCAAUAUAUCAUUGAUCUCAAUGAACCCACCUUCACUGAGCCUAUUGUCGGCAUGUUCCAGGGCUGCAUCAGCCAGCUCUCUCGCCACAAAUUCAGCUCCAAUGUAAUUGAGAAGUGUUUGCGCUGUGCUCAAGCUCCUUCCAAGGACAUGAUUGUAGAAGAGAUGCUGGCUCAACCCGAGAUGGAGCGCCUUCUUCGUGAUUCAUUUGCCAAUUAUGUCAUACAGACGGCACUUGAAUUUUCAACUCCUCACCAGAAAUACCGUCUUGUUGAGGCUAUCCGCCCUAUUCUUCCACAGAUUCGUACAACUCCAUAUGGACGUCGCAUCCAAGCAAAGAUUGCCGCUUAUGAUAACCGCGGAAGCGCUGCUUCGAGUGGACAAGUCACUCCUUCUGACAACACAGGUGGCCAAAUACCUCUGCGUCCUAGCCACAACCGAGGAAUUUCUGGUCCUGGAGUACUCCCCCCUAUUGGUCCCAAUGCCAGUGCCAAUACCAACGGGACAGCGGGGCCUAGUAUUGGAGGUCAGGGCAUGCGCCAGCAAGUGCCGCCUCCAUUCACCAGCAGUACCUCUAUGCCGGCAUCCUCUACAACCUCCAGCUCGGGUGGCUCUGUCCAGCCUCCCCAGUUCAAUCAAAGAUUUAGCCAGGGACACUCUGCUAACACUUCGGUGGAUGGUGGCGAGACGCACUGGGUGUAA